GAAGCGUACUGUGAUGCUGUGGAGCGGAACGUUGUGGCCUUCUUGCCGAUAGGUGGAAGCUUAUAUGUGGUGCAAGGAUGGUCUGCAAAGAAGAAAGAGGGAACACGACAAUGGUUCCAUUUUGAGGCAGCCCAGCAAGGACCGGACUUGAUUCCUGUUUGUAUGUGUGGGCAGGGUGAUCACAACUGCAUCCACCAACGGUACUUUUGCAAAUAUAUGGUGUCUGAUCAACAGAUUGAAGAGCGUGUGCCAGAACGACCAGUUAGGACUGUACUUUUUCACCAAGAGGCAGGAAGCAGUGGACAGGUUAUACAUCGUUUCUCAGUGGCAAAAAACGGAAGCGGUUUGAGUUUGCAUGGUCAAGCUAUCGUAGUUCAUGAAGGUCGCGAUGAGGGCGAUGGUCUUUGGCGGUGUCAGCGAGAUGGUACCCAAUGCAUCCACAUCAUAGCAGCAAAGCAGUUCUUGAAGAAGGGAAUACAGGAAAUUGAUAGCGAUGACGAACUAGAGGAGACAAGGGAGGAGAUUGAGGGGAUGAACCUUAAUCAUGCUAUAUCUUUCAAACUCGUACUGCCACCCAAAUGGUGCGAACUCGAAUCAGACGUGAAACUAUAUCUUCGUCCUCCACCACUCCGUCAAGUUCCUGAGACAGUAUCCAUACAGGGGGGUGAAGGAUCUUGCACUUGUCGUGAUGGAGGCCAACAAAUGUAUGAUGACAGUCCGCCUACGUUCCUACGGAAUUGUACUGUGUACACUCUGAGUAAAGCUGUACGGGCCAAUAUUGAGCUUCAGAAGUGUUCAUCUUGUGAAAGGCGCUAUGUCGGUCCAGAAACACGAUCCCUGGGUUUAUUCAAUCUCAAUAAUUCUCUGCUUUUCACGCAUGAGCUACUGGAUGAAUACACCAGUGCAUUCACUUCUUCUGAGACACCGUUUGAUGCCUGGGUGCAACAGAUUAGUCGAAGGUAUCAAGCUGAAGACAAUUCCUUACCUUUUGUGGGCAACGAUACUUUCCGCGCAGCUUGGUUUGCUUAUGCUCAAUUGAUAAACUUCGAAGGAGAUAAGUGGUGUGAGUGUUGUGGCAAAGCACCCGAGAAUGUCAUUUGGGAUGGGGUAACUCUGGCCUAUGCGAGGAAACAGCUCAGGGCUGGUCUGAGACCACCUACGGCAGUAGAUGCAGAUUCACCUAUUCGUCCACGUACUGUGACAAAAAGAAAGGAGUGGCUUGAAGAUAGUGUUGCGCGUAAACACUUA